AUAAUAGUCUAAUUCAAUGCAACAAAAAUAGUGGCAUUAAAUUUCGGAGUUGAGUCCACUAUUAUGGUCUCUGAGCUACACUUUGUAAACUAGGACUGUGCUGUGAAUAUCUCAUAUAUAUUUUAUUUGUUAUCUGUUUUUUGGUUUUAUAUUAUAUUGAUAUUUUUAAAAAAUUUUGUUAUAUGAAUAUCUGUGUUGAAUAUAAUUGAGUGAAUAUGUGGAGUCCAACACACGUCCAGAUUGUGGUUCAAAGAGCUCGCAAUGUGAUCGCCAAAGGCAGGAAUGGUACAAGUGAUGCAUAUGUUAUUAUACAGAAUGGAAAGGAAAAGUUUCAGACAUCGGUUAAAGAGCAGACAACUGAUCCCAUUUGGCACGAGGAGUGUGACCUCGAAAUUGAAAAUAAAGAAACAGAUGUCAUAAAAUUGAUUGUCUUUCACCGAAAUUUAUUUGGUUUGGCCGAUGAAUUUCUGGGACAAACAUUAGUUCCGCUAAAAGAUUUUGAUAUUUAUGAGCGACCAAAAAGUCGUUGGUAUGAACUCGAGGGCAGAUCACAGAAAAAGACGACAAAAUUUCGCGGAGAAAUUGAAGUCCGAUUGACAUUCAUCGUGAAGAACAACUUUGUGACAAAUAAGUAUAAGAAGAGACAUAGUUUAGUACACCACAGCUUACUAGACAUCAGAGGUGCUCUCAAAGGUAGUUCAAGUGAUGAUCGCAAAAAUCAUUUUGACAAACAUGAGACCAAAGGACGAAAACUGUCGAUGGCUGACAAUGUAAAUAAAAUGCCAAAAGUGGCCACAAGAAGCAUAUCAUUCAAAUUAGAUGCCUUUAACUCAAGACGCAAAUCAUUAGUCGAUAAGUUCUUGAAAAAACAUGAAUCCUUAGAUAAGACACAAGAAGAAUAUAAAGUUGAAGAGGAAGAGUCAUUGGGAGACAGCAGUGGAUUUAAUAGUGACUUCACUGGUCAUAGCGAAAGAUCUAAUGAUGUGAUCAAAGAAGAGAUGAGCCAAAGUCAGGAAGAAAUGCGAAACAUAUUGAAGAAUAGCAAUGAAAAUAAGAUUGUAAUUGAAAUAAAAAAUAAUGUAAAUCUUAUUAAUGAAAACAAUAGUUUUGAUUCAAAUGUCGACAAAAUAAAUGAAGUCAAUCAUCACAAUCAAUGCAAUAAUGACGAGAUUGUUAUAAAUGGUAGUCAUAUCGUUGUAGACGAUAAUUGUAUUAAUAGUAAGAGUCAAACAAAGAAUAUAUCUUCAGAAUCGAAGUCAAAUCCGUGGAAACCUCUUAAGGGAACUCUUAAGAAAGCUUUCAGUUCUAAUAAUAUCAACAUUUUGAGCUCAAAUUACAGUAAACCGGUGUCAAAGUCUGGUAUUAAGGGAAGGGAUAGGUCACUGACACUUGUGUCACAUCAUAGCUCCCUAUCGUCUCAAUCGGAUGGACACCAAAACAAUAUUAUUGACAAAAGCAUUAAUAAUAAUAAUAAUAAUAAUAAAACAAUGUCUUCUUCAGUGACUACUGUUGAAAAUAAUGACAUACCCUUAAGGCAAACAUAUUAUAAUAAUAAUCGCGAGAAACUCAUAGCAGCCCUUCAAAAAAUUGACAGACGGCAUACAAUUGAUAUCAAUGAUGUGCUACCAAAACCAUCGACCGUUUCGUUGGACAAGAGGGUCACUCAAGCGAGUCCUGACUCCAUGUACUCAUCUUUUGAAUCACUAAUCAAUAGGAAACAGACUAAAACAGAUUAUCACCAAAAAUAUGAUAAUCUUAACAAAGAGGAGUUGAUCCAAUUGAUUGAAUCUCAACAGUUGACAAUAUUAGGUCUGAACGAACAGAUCAAUGAUUUGGAGCAAUAUAUCGACAAUUUGUUGGUUCGGGUGAUCGAGACUUCGCCAAGAAUUUUACAAAACUCUUAUAAACUUAAAACUAUUUUUAAGAUUUAAGACCAAUUUUAUUGCAUAUUUUUAUCAUAUAUUUUAAGCAAAUUAUUGUUUCAAUGUUGUUUGUUUUACAUUUUAUAUUUAUGUUUUCAAUGUUUUUUAAAGUUCCUUAUCCAAUGCA